AAUUUUGAGGGAAAAAGCAUCUUCAUUGAUCCACUUGUUUUUGCUCAUAAUGUUCAUUAUUUGUUGUGUUUACAUUUUUUGAGAAAUGAAAUAAUCUUGAACUGAACUUAUAAUGUUGAUCUUCGCUUGUUAACUUCUUAGCAAUUACGCUUUCGAGUGAAAUUGUCCAUGGAGAAUAUACUUGGUUAUUGUCAACCUGGUAAUUUUGAUAAAAAAGUUGAUUUACCACCUCCUCCUUACGAUGCAGCGAUAACGCAAAACACUGAGCCAUUAGAGUUACCACUCUCUGGAAAUUUGGAAUUGAGUGAGAAUGAUGUUUAUGAAGCGCUACUCAAUCAUGUUUCAAAAUUUAUAUGCUAUGGUAAAGGAGUCGUGAAGGAAAUGAUAAUCAUCAAAAUGGAGCAAUUUUAUGCUUAUCGACACUCAUUGGAAACAUUCACUGAAAAUCGACAAGUUUGUUGGUCUUAUGAACCUUAUGCUGGCGGUCAUAUUGAUGGUCCAUUAAUGAAGCAAUGUUAUGAUCCAUGGGAAAUAACAGUUGACCCAUUGCGACAAUUCGAUCGCCAUAAUGUCAAGUUAAUUAUGCCACAUACUGAGAUGUUACAAGCUUGUCCUGAUUGUGGUGGUGCUGGACGAAUCGAAUGUGCAUUUUGUCAUGGAAAAGGAAAGAUGACUUGCAAUACUUGUAAUGGAUCUGGCUAUACUUUUGGAUUUUCAGGUGAAGAUCGACAAAUGUGUGUUCAUUGUUUCUCCGGUACAGUUACCUGCGCUCAUUGUAAAGGCAAGGGUAUUCAUGGCUGCUCAAUUUGCUCAGAGGCAGGAGAGAUUAAAUGCUACGUUCAGCUAAUUGUCCAUUGGAAUAAUUAUACUGAUAGUAGCUUAAUUGAACAUUCAUCAGACAUUCCCAAAGACAUAUUGAAAAAAGCUACAGGAGAAUUGGUUUAUGACGAAAUCAAUGAUCGCAUCAAGCCAAUCAGAUAUUUACUCGGAGAUAAGGAAAAUAAGAGUGUCGUUGAUCUCAUAAAUAAACAUAUUGCUCGUUAUUUUUCAAAAGCAAAACCUCUGGCUCAUAAACAACGAAUCCAACGCAUUCCCAUAACUAAGGUCACAUAUGUUUGGCGUAAUAGUACAAACAAGUUUUGGGUCUUUGGAAAUGAAAAAACCGUUUAUGCACCUCAUUACCAGCAAAAGUGUUGCUGUGGCUGUACAAUCCAGUGAAAAGUUGAUUGACAAUCAAAAAUUAUGCUUUUGCGGGUAUUCACUCAUUUAAAUUUUACUUACACAGUUGUAAGUGAACUUUAUCGUUGAAAAAAUUUUAAAGCUUCCCAUUUUGGAAGAAGUUGGCGUUUUUGGCACCCAGAACCACUGACAAAUGGUAUUGAUCAUGGUUGGUCCAUGGUAUGGAUAAAGAAACAACAGGAAUAAUUGUGGCUUACAGAGAAAGAAUUGUAAAGCAAUAUUUUUUGCUUUCACUAAAUAAGAGUCUCUAAACGUAUCAUAAACCCAUCUUCAUCAAAUAUUAAUAUCUUUAAUAUUUCUAUAAUUCUGUUGAGAAAUUCUAAUUGUUGUCAAAAUGAACAAAAUUUACUUUUGUUGUAUCUUAAUUAAAGUCCUUAAAUUGGUCUUUGCAA